CUCACCUGUUAGGAGGAGGAGGUGGUGAGGAACUGUCAUGGUUAAUGAUGUGAUUCAGUAGUUUAAACGUUUUUUCCUUCAGGAGAUUAAAGGUCAAUCAAUUAGCAAGUGGCAAUCAAGGAAGAAAACUUGAGAAACAUGCGGUUUAACGGGGAUGAUUUAGCAGAAUUUGCCGCCCAAGUUGGUGACCACGAGGGCAGACUCACACACAAAGCCCCAUCUAAAUCACUGUAUGAUAAAGCAUGCAAGGAAAGAUGGUUUAAACUGAAGGCUAACUUUCUCUUCUACUACCGUUUGAAUGACUAUGGUGGGGUUGAUAAGAAUGAGCCAAGUGGUGUGUUUGUGUUGGAGAACUUUGAGGUGUUGAGGGAGGAAGUUGCUGAUGUACCAUUUGGAUUUGUAAUAAAGUGGAAGGAUGACCCAGACAGAAAACACACCUUCUAUGCCCAGUCAGAAUCAAGCGUCUAUACGUGGAUUAACAAAAUAGAACAUGCAAGUUAUGAAAGUCUGAAAGCACAGCAGAUCCUAUUAAGGAUUCAGAUCAGGAAAAAGACUGGCAUAGAUCCUCUUGAAUAUAUGGGCACCCCGCUACCUCAGCGUGCUGCAAGGACCAUGUUCUCUCCUAUGAGCCUUGAAGGGCUUCAUGUAUCUCGCCCAUCAAGGGGUCAUGCUUCUUCUGAGCCACCUAGUCCUGCUUCCUACCAUUCUAAAAAGUCUUCCAUUAGCCCCUCUAGAUAUAGUCUCUCAUCAAAAAGUCCAACUUUAAAAUUUAAAAUUCCCAAAAGCCCUUCCCUACGCCAGCCAACACGCCAAGCACCAGUCCCCCCUCCCAGGAAAGUAAAGAAACAUAAUUCAGAGAAUGGACAUGCAGUGGUGGACAACUUAGCACCAGGAGUCGGGGGUAAUAAAGCUUCUUUUAAAAGUCAUCUGCCGGAAGGAAAUCCUACCGUACAACCACCCAAUCUGCUCGACUGAUGGAACACCACAAGUUUGAUUCUUCUUGAUCGUUUUAUUUCUGUUUUGUAGCCCCAUAUGAAUCUCUCUAACUACA